CUUGAUUUGAUUCAAUAAAUAUAUUACUGCCAAUGAAAUUGUGUUCAUGGUCAAACUAGUACCAAUUUUUAUUUAUUUUUGCAAGUGCAACUUGUUUGUGUUGAGCUUCAAAAACCUGCAGUUAGUCACAGUUUCAUACCUCUCAGGUUCAAUUGCAUCAAUGGCAGCAAGCACCGCCUCCGCAGAUCUCCAUGGCCGCGUAGCAAUAGUGACAGGAGCUUCGCGCGGAAUCGGCCGGGAAAUCGCCAUCCACCUCCGUUCACUCGGAGCGAAGCUAGUCAUCAACUACACCUCCAGCUCAACCCAAGCCGAUCUCCUCGCCUCCGAUCUCAACGCCAAAGCCACCGCCGAAACUCUUCCGAUCGCCGUCGCCGUGAAGGCUGACGUGUCUAAUCCAGACGACGUCAGAUCGCUCUUCGAUCGAGCGGAGCAGGAAUUCGGAACUCCGGCGCACAUCCUCAUAAACUGCGCCGGAGUUUCGGAUCCCAAGUAUCCCGCCGUAGCCGACACGACGGUCGAGGAUUGGGACGCGAUGUUCAACGUGAACGCCAGGGGCGCGUUUCUGACAUGCCGCGAGGCGGCGAACCGGCUGGCGCGGGGCGGCGGCGGGAGGAUCGUCCUGAUAUCGACCUCGGUGGUGGGGGCGGCGCUGCCGGGGUACGCGGCGUAUGCGGCGUCGAAGGCGGCGGUGGAGAUGAUGGGGAAGAUAGUAGCGAAGGAAUUGAAGGGGAGCGGGAUCACGGUGAACUGCGUGGCGCCGGGGCCGGUGGCGACGGAGCUGUUUUUCGCGGGUAAGAGUGAAGAGACGGUGCAGCGGUUGGUGGAUGCUUGCCCAAUGGGCCGACUGGGCCAGCCCAAUGAUAUUGCCCAGAUCAUUGGCUUUCUCGUUUCCGAUGCGGGCCAAUGGGUCAAUGGUCAAGUCAUUCGAGUCAAUGGUGGAUUUGUUAUUUAAAUUUAAUCUCUCUCUAUCCCAUCACUCUGUCUCGACUCUUGUGUAACUGCCUACAAAUACAAUUCUACACAGCUGAAAUAAUAAGUAGAUUAACAAGUUUCGGCAUUGUUCGCAAGAAUUUGCAAUGCACUUUCUUAUUUUCAUGUCA